AUGGAUAAUACGUCCAAGGGAAAGACGAUUCUACCGCUUAGUCGCGUGAAAAAGACGAUUAAAAUGGACAAGGACAUUCAUUCCUGCUCCAAUGCAUCUGUUCUUCUCAUUUCAUUAGCUACUGAAAUGUUUCUUAAACGGUUUUCGCAAAAAGCAUUCCAAAUUACCAAAAUUAACAAACGCCGUACCAUACAGCAAAAAGACCUUGCAGAUGCUGUUCGGAAAGACGAUCAAUUGGAGUUUCUUACGGAUGUUAUUCCCUCAAAAAUGUAA